UUUGUGGUCGACUAACAGACAACGUAGAGAUCCAGGAAGAGGAAGAGGAUGUUUUCAGUGAGUGUCAAACUGCUGCUGGUCUCAUUGGAUCCAGCUGCAGAAUGGAGGGAACAUCUGUCCUCAGGCUGCUGGCUCUGAUCUCUCUGCUGAGCCGCUCAACAAACCAAGUUCAUCUGACUGUGAGUCCCAGCAGAUCUCAGUUCUUUAGAGGAGAAUCUGUGACUCUGAUCUGUGAGGAUGAAAACAGAUCUGAUGGAUGGACUGUGAGGAGAAACACAAGCAGAGAAACCAGGACUGAGUGUGGAGAUAAAUGGUGGAGAAAAGAUGGAUCUACUUGUAAAACCAGCAGCAUCAGAGAACAUGACACUGGUCUGUACUGGUGUGAGUCCAUGUCUGGAUCCUCCAGCAGCAGCAGCAGCAUCCAGCUCUCUGUCUCUGGUGGAUCAGUGAUCCUGCAGAGUCCUGUCCUCCCUGUGAUGGAGGGAGAUGACGUCACUCUGAGCUGCAGAGCAAAGAAUCCAACCCACAACCUCCCAGCUGCUUUCUAUAAAGAUGGCUCCUUCAUUGGUGAUGGACCAUCAGGUCACAUGACCCUCCUCCAUGUUUCCAGCUCUGAUGAAGGCCUCUAUAAAUGUAACAUCAGCCGUCAUGGAGAGUCUCCAUCCAGCAGGAUCUCUGUCAAAGAAAAACCAACAACCACAGCCCCGCCCACUACCGAAGCUCCUCCCACUACAGAAGCUCCUCCCACUUGCUCACCUUCCCCUCUCCUCAUCGUCACUCUGCUCUGCCACCUGGUGGUGAUGUUCCUGUUCUUCAUCUGCUCUUUCCUCUUGGGGUUUUCAUUUGGACUCAGAACCAAAAGAAGUGACCCGUCACCAUGUGUGAAGAUGACUCCGCCCCCCCAGGCUGAGCUGGUACCAGAUGAUGAUGAUGAUGAUGAUGAUGAUGAUGAUGAUGAUGAUGUCACCACAGAGCAUCACAUCUGAACUGAACGAUCUCAUCCUCCUCUGCUCCAAAUUUCUUCUUGUUCUUGUAAAAUUGUUUUAAUGGAUGAAUAAUUAAAGCCUCAUGAAUGAAUAAA